AUGACCUGCUGUGAGUGCUGCACAUCCUGCAAUGGGGUCAGCUUGCUGAUUCUCCUCCUGCUGGGUGUCAUUUUCAAUGCAACGCCUCUGAUCUACAAGCUACUGGAGAAAGAUGGCGAGAACCCCAUCUCUUGCUUUGAGCGGUGGUACCCAGGAAUUAUAGGAGCAGGCCUGUUGGCCCUUCCAGCAGUGACCAUGGCCUUGGCGGCGAGGAAGAGAGCGUGCUGCAACAACAGGGUCGGGAUGUUUCUCUCGUCUAUUUUUAAUGUCUUCACGAUCCUUGGUGCUAUAUACUGCAUUCUGGUGUCUGUCCAAGCUCUCAUGAAGGGGCCUCUCAUUUGUGACCCUCAAGUCAACAGUACUGUCAGCUGUGACUUUUCAUUUGGUAACUUCAGCAACAUUAGUAUGGACUCCCUCAACCUCGACUGGUUCUUAAAAGACUCUUGUGUGUCGUCUGAGCCUAAUCAUUACUUCAACCGCAAUGUCACAGGUCUUGGUGAUAAAGACAACUGGGAUUUUGAGACCAAAGAAGGCAGGCAUAAGACUAUCCAUUUAUCUGUCUUUUUGGGUCUACUGAUUGUGGGAAUUCUUGAAAUCCUGUUUGCACUCAGUCAGAUCAUUAUCGGUUUCCUGGGUUGUCUGUGUGGUGUAUCCAAACCAAGAGGACGGUACGUGUAA